AAAACACGGCGGACAGUAACACGGACAACAGUCAUCCGUGUACAGAAAGACGGGGAUAUGAGCCGCGGACAUGCUAUUUUGCACGUUAAACUAGUUUGGAAGACAGCGUGAAUUAGCCGAGGACAUGAAUUCAUCCGAGUUUGUGGAGAACUCGGAUGGGGAAACGUCAGAGAAAGAGAGACUGACGCUGUGCCGGGUGAAGGCGGAGUCGGAGGAGCCCGUCAGCUGCGCGGCGGCGGCGAGCCCGGGGAGGAUUCUGGGUAGCGGCGUCGACGGCGCGGGCAAGCGGGCGGCGGCGUUCGCCCCCUCGGACGGCCCCAACGCCGAGUUCGACCAGCUCGCCGCCGCCAAGAGGACGAGGGUCUCCGCGGAGGGACUGAGGACGAGGCACUCGGCCAGGCCACACCCCUCCGGCCUGAUGCCCCUGGGGGAGAGCAGGGACUCCCCCUCCGAGCGGACGAUCGCCUCGUACAGGAAGCCCCUGUACAGCAUCUCCCACCGCAUCAUCGAGAAGAAGGCCGCCUCCGGGCUGGACCAGCACGCCCUCCACGAGCCCGGGGCGGGCCGGCCGCCGCUCCCCAAGCCGGGCGGGGUCGAGGCGGGCCGGCGAGAGCCCAGCCCGGCGGCGCCGCCCGGCGAGGCCGAGGCGGCCCUCUACCCGCUGAUCGAGAAGAUGUUCUUCAUCCUCAACACGCUCAACUCCAGCAUGACGCAGCUGCACAGCAAGGUGGACCUGCUGUCGCUGGAGGUCACGCGCAUCAAGCGCCGCGUGGAGCCGCCCGCCGAGCUGGCGGCCGAGUUCCAGCCGCCGCCCGAGCACCGGCUGACGGGCGAGGAGCUGCGGCGCCUGGCGGAGCAGACCUCCUCGGCCGGCGAGCUGGGCUGCCGGCUGCUGCUGCAGCUGUUCCCCGAGCUCUUCGCCCCGGAGUACGGCGCGGGCGCGGGCGGCGGCUGCAGCGCGUGCGGCUCUCCCGGCGGCCGGCGGGCGCCCGACUCGCUGCACCUGCAGCUGGUGCGCUGCUACGUGGAGGCCUGCUUCCCGCUGGUGCGGAACGGCGACGCCUGGCAGGCCGAGUGCCUGCCGCAGAUCAACGACUUCUUCAGCCGCUUCUGGGCGCAGAAGGACAUGGAGGGCGCCGGGAGGCGGGCGUCGUCGGCGGCGGCGGCCCCGGGCGCCGGGUUCGAGCCGGCGGAGCCCGGCCGGACGCGGGGCUGCCUCUACAUCGACGAGGACGGGCGCGACGGGGCCAGCCUGUCCCCCGAGUCCCGCGCCGACAACCUCAACCUCAACCUCAACAACGGCGGCGGCGGCGGCGGAGGCGACGGGAACAUGGUGUCGGACUUGAUCUUCGACGCCCAGGAGGUGGGCGAGGACCUGGACGACCUUUCCUCGCCCGGCGACUUCGCGGUCUUCCUCAUGCACCGGCUCUUCCCCGAGGUCUUCGAGGAGGGGAAAGUUCCGGAGGGCUACGGUUGCUAUGGCGGCGGCGGCGGCGUGGGGAAGCUAAUGCUGGACUCGGACAGGCUGGAGGUCAUCCGCAAGUACAUGGAGGCCAACUUCCCCGACGUGUCGGAGGACAGCUGGCUGCAGCUGUGCGUCCAGCGCAUGGAGGAGGUGCUGGAGGUCGCCCAGGGCAACGGCGAGGGCAGCGAGCCCGAGGUCGCCCACGGCGACGAGAGCUACGACUCCGCCAGCCUCCCGGACGACGUCUCGGUGGUCAAGGUCGGCGGCGACUUCCGGGACUACGAGCGGCCCGGCCAGGCCUGCAAGCAGGCGAAGAAGUCGUCGCUGGUGCCCAUCGACUUCGACAAGGUGGAGAUCCCGCCGCCCGACUUCGACGUGGCGCCGGAGUUCCUGCUCUCCCGCGAGCAGCUGAAGGCGAACUACGAGUGCAGCCUGUCCAUCGGGAACUUCGCCUCGCGCCUCCUGGUGCUGAUGUUCCCCGAGCUCUUCACCUACGAGAACGCGCGCAAGAACUACAACUGCAGCGGCUCGCUGGGGAAGAAGCAGCUGGACCCCGUGCGGGUCAACCUCAUCCGCCACUACGUGCAGCUGCUGUACCCGCGGGCCCGGAACGACCGCGUCUGGACGCUGGAGUUCGUGGGCAAGCUGGACGAGCGCUGCCGUCGGCGGGACACGGAGCAGAGGCGGUCCUACCAGCAGCAGCGCAAGGUGUACGCGCCCGAACCCGAGCCCGGCGACUUCGCGGGCGGCGCCGGGGGCGGGCAGACGUCGGGACGGGGCGCGUCGCUCGCCGCCGAGCGCUUCAGGGACGACUUCGAGAUCCCGCCGCUGCCGCCGGAGAAGAGCAGCAAGGACUUCUGCAAGAUCCCGCUGGAGGACCUGACGGUGAGCGCGCCGGACUUCCUGGUGCCGCCCGCCUACCUGCUGGCGGACGCGGAGGUGCGCGAGGUCGUCCAGCAGAGCCUGUCGGUGGGCAACUUCGCCGCCCGCCUGCUGGUGCGCCUCUUCCCCGAGCUGUUCACCCAGGAGAACCUGCGGCUGCAGUACAACCACUCCGGCGCCUGCAACAAGAAGCAGCUGGACCCGCUGCGCCUGCGGCUGAUCCGCCACUACGUGGAGGCCGUCUACCCCGUGGACAAGAUGGAGGAGGUGUGGCACUACGAGUGCGUGCCCAGCAUCGACGAGCGGUGCCGCCGGCCCAACCGCAAGAAGUGCGACAUCCUGAAGAAGGCCAAGCGCUCCUGCAGCGCCGUGUCGUACCUAUGAGACGCGCGGGGACCCUUCCCGCGGACAGCGGUCCGCUCACAAAACACACGUAUUAUUUGCACAAUAUUUUUUUUUUUUUUUUCUCUCUUUUUAAGAUGAAUCCGCAUAAGCUGAAUAAAAAUGGACUAAAGUCGGGGAUGUCAAACCUGCCCGCCUUGGAGGGCUGCAGUGUGUUGCUUCAGCGUUUCUCAACAUUUAAAUGGCUUCAUUUGACAUUGUUAACUGGCGAAGAGCUGUCAACUAAAGAGCUGGCGAAGUCUACACAUAUUUUUAUUUUUUUUUAGGCCUAAAUUUGGAUUCUGGCUGAAAGCAGACCACAAAAGAAAACAUGCAGAGUACAAACUGCAGCCUCCCAAAUUGGAGUUUUGAGAUCCCCGGCCUAAAUCCUAACAAAUAUGUCCUUUCAGGAUUAGGAUUAAAUUGAUAAUUAGGAGACAGGUUUAGUUGACCAUACAGGACAUAUUUGUUAAGAUUAGAUGUAUUAGAUAUAUAGCACCAGAUGGUAUAUUUGUUAGAGGAAGCUAUAACUUUGUUGCAACAGGAGAUGAUGUAUAGUUUAUUUAUAUAUAAUGCCAAAACGAUAUUGUUGUAGGUAAUUCUAACCAUUAAUUGGGAGUAUCCUAUGCGUUCAUUAGCCUUAAAGAUUGAGUAUACAGUAUGUAAAUAUGACGUUGAUGAGGACUUGCUUACCUGUCUUAUACAGGUAAGUUUAUUGUACAUCUGUGUGUCACCUUCAACUCUGAUUACAGAAACUGAAUUGGGGUGAAUGUCUAAGUUAAUUAGUUUGUGUGCUGAGGCUUCGUGCUUUCAUGGUGGAUAUUCUGGAAUUGGAUCUGACCCAAACCCUUCUCAAUAUAAUAAUAGUAGUAACAGUAAUAAUGUGUUACUCAGCUGACGAUUUUAACCGAAGUGACUUACAGUUGAUUAGACGAAGCAGGGGACGAUCUCCUCUCCUCUAGAGCAAUACGGGGUGGGUUAUGGGCCUUGCUCAAAGGCCCAGCAGCUGCACGGAUCUUAUUGUGGCGACACCGGGGCUUAAACCACCAACCUUCCGGGUCCCAGUCAUGUGCCACUAGGCUGCAGGCCGCCCCCCUGAUCAUUUUUGGGAGUGGAGACCAGCUUCCGACUCUGCAACGUUACAUUAGCCCAGCUGAAAUUAAUUUCAGUCCAGUUCAUUCAUUGAAACAUUAUUGGAUAUGGAACAUUAUGGCCAUUUAUCAAUUCAUUUAUUUCAUUUCGGCCAAUUUGCUGCAUUGACUAAACUCAAAAUUCACGUGCAGCAUGAGGGUGUACACGAGCCGGAGUGGUCUUCUAACAAAACGUUUUCGACCACUGGUGGGUGGCUUGUGGUGUAGUGGUUAAGGUACACGACUGGGACACAAAA